AUGGCGCCUCUGACUCGCGCUCAGCGGCAUGUCUACUUCGACGACAAUAUCGAUUUGGAGCCCCAAGAUGAGCAAAUCACACUGUCUGUCGAUGGACGAAGGGGAACCUUAGCUGGUCUGAAUUUGUCGCCUCGAAAGCGUCCUCGCACCCACAAGGUUGAAGAAGCCGACCCGCAACUCCAGGGCUGGAUGCCCUUUCCUGAAGACGACGCAGAGGAGCUUGACGCCAUAGCGUCCACCAUAUCUUCCUUCGACGUUAUUCUUGAUGAAGAACUGACCAAACGAAAGCGGUACAAUUCUGAUGAUCCAAUGCUCAUGUGGAAGCGCAUUGCCCCAGUAUUCUUAGAAGAGCUCGCCCGGCACGACGGUUUGGGCGGCCGAGCUCACUGCAAGCUGUGUUUAGCCCCCAUAACUGAGACCGACCAUCGGGUUGUGUCAAAAAAGAGCAUGCUCGGCGUCCCCUCCAUACGUUGCAAGAAUGGACCGGACAGUUCUGGACCCGAAGUUUCCCUCUAUCACCGCAAAACUAGCGGUGAGGGCGUCAAUGGCCUCGGAGAAUUGCAUCAACUGGGCCACGAUGGAGAUGUUUGCCCAUUCCCUGGCGCCAGACGAGCCAUGGUGGUUAUCGACAUGAACGGCAUCUACAACGUGGACGUUCAAUAUUGUGAUUGCAACAACACCAAUGGCACCGACACUGUGGAGCAAUUACUUCGCAACUGUUGGUAUCCGGCGACGGUGGUCAGUCCUGCGACCUGUGCGACCUUUGCGGUGCUUGAGCACUUCCGGUUGCUGCGGGCUCUUGGCAACGUCACCACACACGAUUUUAUCUGUGCAUUAGAGAGGCAACAAGACCCAACUCAGACCGAGGAUACACCUGAUCGAUACAAGGCUUUUGGUCGUAUGGCUAGGCAGUACGACUUCUUAAAACGCAUGAAACGGGCAGGGAGAGCUCACGAGCCUGGCGGGAUGGUGUCAACGAAGCCCGGAGGGCUAGCCGUCCUUUGUUGGGCUUGUCCAGACGAAGGUCGCAAUUUGCCGGAAGGCUGGCAAAAUGUGAAAGAGCAAAACAAAUACCUGUAUAAGCUCAUGCUUUCUAUCGACGCAAACUUCCGUUUGAAGAAUCGCCUGCGUGCCAACGAACGUGACGACCCGUCUCUAGGACCAGGACUGGGCUAUUUCGUGGAGUCGACGGCCUACAAGGAACACCUCAAGAAUUAUGUGGCGGAGAAAGACGCAAGUAGUGUUCUCGUUAAUGACAAUUAUACUAAUCAGGUUCAGGUCAGCUCUUGCGUGGCCUUCGCGGCUUUACUCCAAAAAGAGACACGUCUCACGACUGGUCUUCGUGUCUCCGGGGUAGCGGGCUGUAAGGGCGAAAGAUAUGCGAAUGUGGACUGGAUUGUCGCCUGCACACUCUGGAUGGAGAAGUUACUCAGCUAUGGGUUUGCAUAUGACAUUAUUUGCCAAUGGAUGGUGAACUUUUUCCAACGCAUCGAAAAAAUACGGAAAGGCAAUGCGGAUACCAGCAAUUUAGCCACAGAAUUCGAAAACGUCGACAUCCAGUUUGGCCUUCCAGUUUGGCAUGCUGGCGCCCAUGAGCUUCAAUGUCGAGCGCAACUUGCCCUUGCCUAUCUCCUGGGAAUUGGCAAAACUGACGGGGAGGCAAUGGAGCGCGUUUGGGCAAGCCUCAAUCCUGCAAGCUGGGCGACUAAGGAGAUGGGGGAAGGCGCACGAUUAGAUGUCUUGGAGGAUCGCAUCGAUCAGUUGAAUUUCGAGAAAAACAUCCACUUAGGCAAGUGUCCGAUUUAUGAAAUCUCCAACUUCGCACUGACGAUGUUCGCCCAGGAAAGACACUUGCUCGGGCGCUUGAUUGUCGCCAUCUCUGAACGACGAGUGCAAGGCAUUGAAUUCGCGGAGUUCGACAAGAGCAUCUCUAGCAAGAAAAGAAAAGAGUGGAAAAGUCGCAUGGAUGCCUGGUACAAGGAUCCGACGUCGAACGCUAGCCCAUUUGUCAUAGUUGGUGGGCAGGAAGAUGGACCGAGUGAACGUCAAAUCGUGGACGAGCUUAAGAAGGCUGAAGUCGAAGAAGCUCGGGCUGGUCAUGCACCGCUCUUGGAGGGGACGAAGACUGUGGUUGCAUUCAUCAAAGCUGGAUUACAAUUGCAACACAUACAACGGAAGAUUCAAGCGACUCUUAAGAGCAAGACCUUGACCGCCGACCGUGCGAGCCAAGUUCAAGAGCUCCGAGUGUCUUUUCUCAAACAAUUGCGCUCGUUUCAACAUCUGCAACUCACCUACAUGCCUGGCAUUGAAACUCUGCGCGAAGCUGACGAUGCGAAACGCGACGUGAACGAGCCCGAAUCGCGGUCAAUUACACCUCUCGCGUUAUCGAAACAGAAGCCAGAGUUCGGUGUGGGCAAUCAGCCACGCAGCGGCUUCAUGGAGCAGAUGGGUCAAGAAAGACACGCAGCGAGCCGAACACCCGCCGAGUUACGAACCGGGUUUCUUGGAUUUGGCAUGGGUCCAACAAAGGCAGCGAGGUUCAUGAUUCAAUUCGGGUCGAGUGGUCUAAAAGCUCGCGCUCGUAAGCAGCGAUGGGAGGAGGAGGUCGAAUUGUUGCGAGAGGAAAUGAAGCGAGUCCUGCGGUCGCUCCGAUGGACGCAGAAUCAGUGGCAGGUUCGUGCUGACAGGCAACGGGACGACGUCAACAUGCAUGUUGCUGCAGGCCUACGGGCCUAUGCAUUGCGGCAGGUAGACAUUCAUCGACGGAUGGCCGAGCGCUUCUACUCCGAAUGGGGUAGAUCCCUUGCAAAUGCGGUCCGAGCCGUUGUCAAGGAGGAUGAAGGUGUUUUGGAUGGUGCAUUCGAUGGACUUACAGACAAUGACAUGCAGAUUCUCUGA